AUGGCGGAGACCAUGACUGACCAUCUGCUCCACUCCCUGGAAGGGCUGCUGCCUAAAGAAUUUGCAAAAUUCAAGUAUAAACUGAAAAACACCGACCUGAAACCCCGGAUCCCAUGGGGGCACCUGCACGAGGAGAUCACGCCCGUGCAAUUGGCCGACCUGCUGCUGAGCCACUAUGGGCAGAGCACUGCCGUGCUGCUCACCCUGCACAUCCUCAGGAAAAUGAACCAGAACCUGCUGGCCGAACAGCUACACAGGGCCCUCGUCCAAGAACUUCUGUCAGACUGGUGGCAGGAGCCCAGCCUGACCCGGACCAAGCAGGCUCCAGCAGGCGCCGGCCAGGGCAGCACGAUCCGCAGAAACGCCAGCUCGGCUGGGCAGCUGCAGAACCUCUGCGGGUCCGUGCGGCUGCGAGAGAACCUGCAGGGCUCAGGCAAGAAGCGCCCCAAGAGCCUGGAGUCCAGUAUCCCUUGGGGGGACAAGGAGCCUGCCCACUACCUUCCGCUUCUGAUGCAGGGGAGAAGGGAAAAGAAGACCAGCAGCGCCCCUGCAGGGAAAAGUGGAAUGACCGGUCCGGUGGCCCUCAGUGUGGCGGUCCCUCCAUCUUCAGGGAGGCCACAGGACAGGGUGGUGUGUUCACUCUGCCACACCCAGGAAGGAGACCCGAGUGCACAUGAAACUGGCGGCUGCCCCUGGUGCCAGGCUUCGCUCCCAGGGAAGAGGGGGCCGGGACAUGAGCCGCAGGAGAACCCAACGGUGACCAGCCUGAGCCCCAAGAUACUGCCACAAUGUGAGCACCACCUGAGACAGGCCCAGCUACUGCUCUGUGAGGACCACAGGGAGCCCAUCUGUCUCAGCUGCAGCCUGAGUCUGGGCCACCGGGGCCACCGCAUCUGCCUUACUAAUGAGGCAGCCCAGGGGUACAAGGAGCAAAUUCAGAAGCAGCUGGAACAUCUGAAGGAGCCGAGAAAAUCCGGAGAGGAGCAGAGAUCCCAAGGGGAUAAGAAGAAAAUCCCCUUCCUGAAAGCCACAGAAGACAAGAAGCAGAAGCUGCGGUGCCAGCUGAAGAGGCUGUGCCGGUUCCUGGAGCAGCAGGAGCAGCUCUUUGUGGCCUGGCUGGAGGACCUGGGCCAGGACAUCGACCAGCUCCGGGGCGCCUACAGCACCCGCGCACCCAAGGACACCCUCCUCGAGGAGCAGGCCAGGGAGCUGGAGGCCGCGCAAUGCCAGUGGGCACUCAUGCAGGACAUCAGAGGCACCCAGCACAGGGCUCAGAGUCUGCAUAUCCCUGAGCUGUGGGCCGCCUCUCCGGACAUAAAGGAAAAGCUUCCCCAGAAACCUGAAUUCAUGGACAGGAGGAUGAAGCAGUUCUCAGAAACCCUGCAUUCCGGGAUGGAGCCCCUCAGCGCUGACGUGACUCUGGACAUAGAAACUGCCCUCCCCAACCUCAUCCUCUCAGAUGGCCUCAGGAGUGUGAUGCUGGGCCAGAAGGGGGGCCUUCUGCCUGCCCACACGGAAGGGUCGGAUGCCUACAUCAUCACCCCGCACUCCCCCAGCUCCUCCGGCUGCCAUUACUGGGACGCGCGGGAGCUGGUCAGCCUGUACCUGGAGCGGCGCCAGCCCGUCAGGGGCGCGGGGAGUAGCCGCCGGGUUGUCGUCCUUUCCGCAGAGCCACGGAGAGCGUGGCUGCCGACAGCCCAGCCUCCCGCCGGCCUCGCGCCCACCGCCCCGAGGAACUCCGUCAGGCGGCCGCGAGCCUCCGCUUCCCCGGGGCCGACCGCGGGCUCCGACCGGGGAGACCAGGCUUCGCACCGGAAGCCCAGGCCGGAUGUGACGUCGCGGCAGCCCGGCGCCCGACUCCCAGCAGGCACCGCGCCCUCGCCGGUCUCUUCAACUGACGGCGGCACUCUCCAGUGGUCGCGCGGAGCCCGCGAGGACACUCGGAAGGGCGAGGGGAGAGAUCGGCUCCACGCGCCGCUUUCGGGGCUCGGGCUCCCCGCCAGCGCCGAUCGCCGGCGGCCCCGAGAGGUGAGGCGCCCCGCGGGCUGGCUCCCGGCCGAGGCGGGCGGUGGAGAGCGGAACGUGGGCCGCCGCCGGCGGGGCCGCAGGCCGGGCGCUGCGGAGAAGGUGCCCGGGGGCAGCGGCGGCGGCCCCGGGUGA